AUGGCAGACGACAUGGGAUACGGUGAUGUUGGCUGCUAUAACCCCGAUUCAAAGAUUCCGACCCCGAAUAUGGAUAAACUGGCGCAGGAGGGAAUUCGCUUCACCGAUGCGCACUCCCCCUCCGCAGUCUGUACGCCGACACGAUACGGAGUCCUAACGGGACGGUACUGCUGGCGAAGCCGUCUUAAACAUGGCGUGCUUUACGGGUACGAGCGACCCCUCAUCGAACCCGAACGCCUAACCGUUCCUCGAUUGCUGAAAGAUGCGGGUUACAAUACUGCAUGCGUGGGUAAGUGGCAUUUGGGUCUUGGAUUUUCGACAGUACCGGGAUACGAUUUCGAUUUCAACGCUCCGCUGCCGUGGCAGAACGCAGAACGUGAAUUGGAAGAACAUAUCGAUUUCACCGCGCCAUUAACCGGUGGUCCAGUAGAUCUCGGCUUUGACUACUUUCUAUGGAAACGCCGGUUGCCCGACCUGUCAACCCCCUUACGGCUUCAUUGA